AAAGGAGGAGUACUGAUGAUCAACUCACGUAGAGGUAACACAAAGAAGAUGAGCUACUACAAUAUUUGCGCCUCCAACAAGCUUCUGAAGAUGAGCUGCAUCAUUUUAUUCAACUUAUUAAUCAUCGGCAGCAGCCUCGUCACAAGAUCGAUUUCAAUGGCGAUGGCGGAUAUUAUUAAUGAUCACGGAGGACAAGGAGGAGGAGGAAGGGGAGGAGGAGUGGUACAAGUACAACAGGAUGAAAUUAAUAAUAACCCGUUAGAGCAGCUGAUGUCCAGCCAAGAAGAUAUGAUGCAGGUUGCUGGAUAUGGAGAAGAAAAGCUUUCCACCGUCCUUAUUACAGGCUCCGUCCAUUGCGAGGAGGCUUGUAUUAAUCAUAAUAAUUUGAAUAUUUUGCAUCCUGAUCAAACUGAUCGUGAUCAGCUUCAUCUUCAUGCAUGGCCUCUAUCAGGUGCUUUGGUGUCCGUCAAUUGCCGUGUCAGUGGGAGAAGAAAAUCCAGUUUGGCACAAGGCGUCACAGACGAAUUUGGGGAUUUCAUGAUCGAUCUUCCUUCCAAUCUACAUACAAUUCCCAACUUGGACAAAACGUGUUGUGUUCGAGUACUUGGAAUACCAAAGAAUGCACAAUGCCGACCCGCUUCCGUCAGGAGGCACAAAGGACUCAAACUAUCGUCCGUUGGUAAUGGCAUCCGAACCUACACCGCCGGCACGAUAAGGUUCCAGCAUUUGACCUCUAAACCUUCACAAGCAUGCGUUGAGGAAGCAAGCAACAACAAUAAGAUAUGAUCGUACAGAUCCAUUGCAUAUUAGACAGGGAUCCUGGAUGGCGCUUCAGUCACAGCAUUGAUAUGCAAGGCUUUGUACACAUCGUACUUAUCAGAUAUAAAGUAUAUACCUUUAUAGGAAAAGUGUGACGACAGAUAUCAUGUGUGUAAAUGCUUCGGAAGAUAAAUAUCAUAUUUUAUAAGACAAA